AAAAAUUGCAUAUAAAACAGAUUAUUGUAAUUAUGAUUUUCCAUAUUUUAUGAUUUAAUGUAUGUGGGACAUGUGGGAUGAAUUGUUGAUUAAGAGAUGUAUUUGAAAUGUAACACAUUUGAGCUAUAUACUUAUCACUAAUCUAAAGAAUAAGAAGACAUGACCAUAGGAAGGGUUGGUUUAUUGGUUUCUACUAACCAUCUGAGGGAAAAGCUAGCAUCUGUAUGGAGACAAAACAGACUGGGUAAAGAUUUACGAGUCCUUGAUUCAUCGUAUGAUUUUGAUGAUGACAAAACAGACGGAUAUAAAGAUUUCUAUAAACAGGGCCACAUACCAUCCUCAGUAUAUUUUAAUCCACAGAAUUGUUCAAAGAGCACUGCACUAAUUCCAUUUGACUUGCCGGACCCUCAUUGCUUCACAGAUUAUAUACAGAGUCUUGGUGUUUCACCAGAUACACAUGUUGUAUUAUAUGACAGACUCAAUUCUGAUGCUGCUCUCAGAGCUUGGUGGCUUCUCAGGUUGUAUGGCCACAGAAACACAUCAGUAUUAGAUGGAGGACUCAGGAAAUGGGUGAGAGAUGGUUAUCCUGUUACUACAGAGGAACCAGCUGUAGAGAGAGGUGAUUUCAAAUCCAGACUUGAUAAUUCAUUGAUGAAGAACUACCACCAUAUGAAGGACAGUGUGAAUUCACAGAAAGAGGAAAUAAUUGAUGCCCGUGGUCCAGGUGCAUUUAAUAAAGUAAUACAGACAGGUAAAGGUGAAAUAAAGAACUUUAUUCCAGGUGCUAAAAAUAUACCAUAUAGAUCAUUGUUUAAUGAAGAUGGAACCUUUAAAGCUGUAGAUGAAAUUAAGGAAUUAUUUAACAAACAAAAUGUUGAUUUAAGUCGUCCAUUGAUAGCAAUGUGUUACAGAGGAAUAACCGGCUGUGCUUUGUCUGCUGCAGCUGAACUUCUAGGCAAACAUGAUACACCUCUAUAUUAUGGUUCAUGGAAAGAAUGGAGUGGAAGAAUGGCUGAGUAACAAGAACAUUGCUGUAUAUUCAUAAAAACCUAUGAAGAUUAUUCACCCAUAGCAUUAUAAGCAUAUCAACUACGUAAUUUUUACGAAUUUCAUACUUUGAAAAAUUUGAUUUUACUACAUGUAUAUGAAUAUCAUAUUAACCUAGAAAUAUGUUUUAAUCUGUGUGAUUUUGUUAUAACUUGUAGAUUAUAUUUUGUAUUUGGUGAUAUAUUUGAUUAUUAAACUAAUAUACAAGUCC